AUGAAUACCUUAUUUCUCCUCCUGGUGGUUCUCUGUCUUUGUGAUGAUGCUGCCUGCACUCCCACGUGCAACAACCAGUGCUGUCGCUUCGUGGAGGGAUCCCCGGUCAGGCUUAGGAGACUGCGCCAAGACUUUGCAGUCAUCAGGGACUACUACGAAGCUGAAGAUGAUUUGGAGAUAGGUCUGCUCGAUCAGAGCAUUGAACACUCCUUAAGGAGUCCGUUUGGUUGCCAUGCCAUGAAGAACAUAAUUGACUUCUACUUGAAGACGGUUUUACCGACGGCUAUUGCUGACAUGACGGAGGAAAACAAGAAUUAUAAACCACACAUUGAGUCCAUACAAUUAAUAUUCGACCAGCUGAAGAAUGACAUGAUCAAAUGUAAGAAUUACUUUCAGUGCAAGAAGCCCUUUGAAAUCACACAGUUGAACUCCACAUAUGCUCAGAUGGAGGGGAAAGGACUCAAUAAAGCCAUCGGCGAGUUAGAUCUAUUAUUUAACUUCAUCGAGAUGUACCUUGGUUCAAAACGACGACGUCAGUGAUCUCCUUUACAACCACGGUGUUCCCCGAACGUGACCUUUCCCUCCACCUGCACUGCGCUGACUGGAAGAACCUGCUGCAUGGAGUUCUGAUGGCUUUGUCUGAUGUCUUUUGUCUUUGAGAAUUCAAAUUCAUAAUAUAUUUGUCCCGAGGACAAGUUUUC